CUCAUCCGCCUUCGUUCAUUCCCACCGACAAGUUCUCGACGUCACAUUACGCAUUAAAGAUUCUCUAUACGACCUACGAGAAUCAUUCACAGUAUCCUCUUUUAUCCACUCUUCCUGUCUCACCUUCCUUGCUUCCUCACCAGUAAAACUCUGACCCUCCAAGCGAACCUUCUUCUUCCUCAUAUUCGAACCCCACCACCCCCGUCCUCCAUCCCCCAAACACCAGAAUCCUCAUUAAUUCCCCUUGGCAAAGCACGAAGAACGGAAUCCCUCUUUUCCUCCGCUGCAGUGGGCCACGGAGAUCUUACAGAGCCGCCUAAGCAGAAGACGGCAAUCGUCCAAACGAAACCCUAGCAGAGCGUCGGAGAAGUUUUCCUCCAGCUCUAACUUUGUACUUUAAUAGGAUAUUGCGAUAAUGGAGAUAUGCAUCGUUCUGUUGCUGAGAUUGGCUUGGAUUGCCGGGACAGUUCCCAUAAUCAUUGCUUCUAUUCCCACGUCUAAGCUGAAUUGGUUUCGUGGAGCCUUGUUAGGGUUCGCUAAGAGGGGGAAGAUCAUGCAGUCAUCCUCACAAAAAUUCACUGUUCCUCAAAGAUUAUUCUUGCACUUCUAUAUUGUGGCUUCGGUGUGGACAACAUUCUUGCUUGUUUCAACUUCGAUGUACGCAUAUACCAUGGCACUAUCAAUUGCAGAUCCCUAUGCUGUCUCAACCAUUACCAGCUACCUGACUGGAACUUCAAGUAUAAAGUCUGAUUCAAGUAAAAUAGAAUCCAUAUAUGUAGCCUGGCUAUCUGUUUUUCUGCUUUUGCUAAUGGAGGUCCAAGUUCUAAGACGCCUUCAUGAAACGAUAUGUGUAUUCAAUUAUAGGCCUGCAGCUCGCAUGCAUAUCGUGGGUUAUUUCACUGGUUUGUUUUUCUACAUAGCAGCCCCACUAUCACUUUGUUGUGAUUGUGCAUUAGAGGUGCGUGACUUCACAGCAAAGUUAGUAAUUGCAUUCAUUGUCAAAGACAAAGUUCACAUGCCAGAAACUGAAUUAGAUUACUCGCUAAUUUUAAAUCAUCUCUUCAAACUUGGAUGGCUGCCAUGGUUUGGUGCGACUAUAUUUUUAUGGGGCUGGAUUCAUCAAUACCGGUGCCACACAAUUCUUGGCUUGUUACGAAAACGUUCAAAACAAAUAGAAGAAUAUGUAAUCCCUCAUGGUGAUUGGUUUGAACUUGUUUCGUCGGCACACUAUCUUUCUGAAAUUGUUAUAUACGCUGGUCUUCUUGUUGCAAGUGGAGGAGUCAACCUUACGAUAUGGCUGCUUUUUGUUUUUGUGGUGGCAAACUUAGCAUUUGCAGCUGUCGAAACGCAUAAAUGGUAUCUUAAAAAAUUUGAAGAUUAUCCGAGCAAUCGUUUCGUCAUAAUUCCAUUCGUUCUCUAGGAGUUGGUAAAUAUUUGUUUCUCUAGAUUGAGCCAUUCGAGUUUCAAUCUGAAUAGAUUUAAUCUCAACCUUCGAGUAAUUUUACGUGCAUGCUGGGGAUAGUGAUGGUAAGGUUAGUGGCCUG